CGCCUGCCCCUCACCGUCUUUGACAACCUCCACGUCGUUCUCCACGCCGCAAACGACAUCGUCCUCGGCACCUCAUCACCACCGUUUAAUACGCUGAAAAUCCGGACAAAUUAGCCCUAGUCUCUUGUCUUUCUAGUUCUACCACUUACUCGUCUCCUCUGCCACUUGCUCAGUCCAAAUGCCCGCUCCGACAACGAUCAGACACAACAAGUCAUCUUCUGCCAACCCACGCUCUCAACUUCAGACGAAGAAGAAGACUAGGAUCGUAAGGAGGCGAGGUCGGGCGCAGGACGGGAUCUACAGCGACGAAGAGUUCGAACGCGAAGCAAGGUCAGAUUCAGACUCUGAUCAAGACGACCGUUCCUCUAUCGACUCCUCUGAAGACUCCGAGACCGAACCGGCCUCAGAAGAUGUCCCCACCGUUUCUGCCCCCCAUCAGCACCAAGUGGACGUCGUGGAGCCUGGCUCAAGCUCUCACACCCCGCAACCUCCUGACGUCAACCGCAUUUCGGUCUCGAAAACGUCCCCAGCACUCCUAGGAGGGUCGACAGAUUGGUCGGAGAUGGUGGCGAAUGAGGCGCUAGACGAAAACGGAGAUGCGGAGCUUCCAGUCAUCGAUUUCGCCGACAUGGACCAUCAUGCGCCUGCGGCACGCUCACAGCCUUCGCAUGCGAAGCGCGGGAAGAAGGUCGCCGUUGAUCGUACUUCCUCCAUGUCUGCUGAGGCACCUGAACCUGAACCAACUUUGCCAGAAGAGGCCGACGUACCUGACUCGGAACCCUCGACUUCGACUCAUACAGCUCGUGGCAGAGGCGGGUCUCCCUAUUCUCGUCCGUAUGGCCAAACCGCUCGCCAGGCCUACCAAGAACGCCUCCAGAAAGAUCCUUCGUACGUUCCCGUUGUUGGCGAAUUUUGGGGCCACGAUGACCGGCUGUUGGACAAGGGGUUGAGAAGUCUGAGUAAUUGGUGGAGAGGACGCUGGCAGACACGAGGCAGAGGGCGGGGAGGGUUCGAUGGUGGAUUUGGACCGAGAGGGCGUGGAAGGGGCGGUUUUAUGGCUGGUGUGAGGCAGGAGCCGGAGCUGCCAGAGGAGGAGUUGCCACCCGUCGAACGACAGUGGACGCACGACGGGUUUGAGGAGCUGAAGAAGAGGGAGGAACGGCGUGCUGCGCCACCGCCACCCCCACAAAGAGGUGGUUUCAGAGGCGGUGCCCGUGGUGCCAGGGGUGGCUUCAUAAACAAUCGAGGUCGAGGGUUCGCCACUCGUCCCGCUUUCUCUCCAGCCGCUUCCUUCGACAGUUCUCCCAGUCGUCUGCCUCCAAAGGCCUCGCCUGCCGACACUUCGACCCGUACGUGGUUUGCCAUGAAGCCCGAGCGCGUCUUCACACAACGUUCUGAGUCCUCUUUAUUCUUCGACCAUGCGCUCAAACCUCGCGCUGGUAUGGGCUAUGGAUAUCGCGUCAAACUGCCUGGGAGAGGUGAAGCUCCUGUUAUCGUAAGAGCUCCGCCUCAGACGUGGGCUCCCCGUCCACCCUCACCUGUGCCUUCCGAGGUGGAGGAGGUCGAACGACUGUUCACUGUUCGACUACCUCCCCGCCCAGGGCAGAAGCAGGCGGUCGAAGCCUCCACAGAAGCCGUGCUGUCCCUGAAUGUCAGCACGGCGGAGCCCAAGGACACUGCACGUCAGAAGCCAUCCGAAGACGACACUCAGCCCAUCGCAAAACCACCGCCUGCUAGCAUCUCUAUUCCCUCCCCGGCCUCACCGUCCCUACCCACGCCUUCGUCAAUUGAACGGUCACCAUCCGUCGCGCCUGCUGUUAUACCUCCAGAAGAACUAACCCCCGAACCUACGGUUGAAGCGCCUUCUGAAGAAUCUCCCUCGCCCUCCUCUUCGACAGACGGCUGGAUCCACGCGCCCCCACCCGACUCAAUACCACCUACCGUGUCCCCUAUCGCAGAGCAUCCGGUACCAGCGCCUCCUAUGCUUCCACCCAUCCAGACCGUAUUUUCUCCAGUCGGCCACACCCCAUCGCCCCUCCCCUUCGGUUCUCCGUAUUCUUACCCUCCCGCACUCCCUUACCCUCCACCCCCCGGUGUCGUUCUUGACCAGAAUGGAAUGCCAUAUGACUACGCCACUGGACGCCCUGUGUACUUCCAACCUGCUCCUCUACCGGCACAACCCACUCAACCGCACCACGGUCAUCAUCUCAGCCACCAUUCUAUUUACGCGCCACCGAUGCAGCCUCCAGGUCUCCCCGCCCCUGCGCCACUGCCACCAAGAAGCGUAAUGCCCGCGCAUAUGCCUGGAAUGCCUUUCGUUCCCCAACACUUCCACCAUCACUCGACUGUCUCGCCUUCACCAGACUUCCAGGUACAGCAGCAAGAGCCUCGCGGUCCACCUCAAUACGCGCCUCAAGGACCUGGUGCGGGUCCGCCUUUGGGUGAGAUCUUCGUUCCACCGAGGCAGAGCAGCAGGAUUGAGAUUCGCAGACCUGGGGAAAAUGGAGCCAAUGGAUAUUCUCAUGAACCCAGCCGGAAGGACAUGAUGUCGCCGAGAGGACCUAGUCAUCUACGAUCGUCCGUGGUCGCCAGUGGCGAUGGUGAAGAGGAAGCUUCUGGUGCCGCUCCGUUAUCAGCAUCGAGCGCUCCAAAGACGCCCGCCGAAUUGGUGAAAGUACCCGAGUUUGUUCCUUCUCGGCACUCGCACUCGCAUUCUCAGAGCUUCAGCUUCACACAACCGCCACAAGAAUUCUAUCCUCCUCCCGGGCUUCCGCCGCUACCUUCGAACCAGCAAACUAUGAACGGCGACGAACAGCACCAACACGGGAUGGAGCAUCCGGCACAGAUGUAUAACCCAUACGCACCGCAGCCUCAACACCAUCAGCAGCAAUAUUACUAUGCCCCUCCUGGCCAGGCGGAAGGGUACGGCUACGAUGCUCAGUCACAGGGCUACGAAGGUUAUGAGUAUGGUCCGCAGAGUGCGAUGGGGCCUGGGUACGAGCCGCAGGUACAGGGUUAUGAUCCAAUGGUUGGCAUGCCGGGCAUGGGGUCGCCUUAUGAGAUGUAUGGUGGUCAGCCUCAUGGAGGGACGGUUUAUUAUACAUGAGGGCUCAUUCGUGGUCAUGGUUUGGUCGUGGUUGUGGCGGUUCAUGGGUUGGGGUGGCGACAGAUUGGGUGGCGGCUUGAUUCUGCUCUGCAAGUUGUGUUCUCCGAACGUUGCAUUAUUUCUAGCCAUUAACCUUGGGGUGUCUUUUCUUGCUUUUUCUUUCCUUUUCCUCCUGGUCUCCUUUUUUCUUCACUUGCGCUUGUCCGAUAGCGCGUCUUGACUCUGAGCUCUCGUGAUCCUCAUAUUCUUUACACGCAUGUGUACUUGCUCUCCCGGGUCGUAUCGUGUCCUUGUUUCUCCGCUCUACUUCGUUUCUCUCGGCUCAUAGGUCGUCUAUACAUCGGUAUCCAUACUUACAUAUAUAUUUGUAUACACAUACUACACGCAUCACCCUCCCGCUGCUCACCUGUCACGUACUCACAAUGCCUGUGUUAUCCUAUCACUUACCGUCCUGCAUUUUCCUUCUCCCUCUAUAUACAUUACCCAAUGUCGUUGAACUUGUCCUGUCUUCGCUCUUUUUUUUUGCCCUUCUCCUUUUCUGAUUCCCGCUUUUUCUUGUUUCGUAUAUUUCUCAUUUUGUCUUCAGUCUAUCUGCUCGUCGUCGUUUCGUUAUCAUCCCAACGCGUUGCUUGCUUCCCUUGCGCGUGCCUCGUCCGGUCUUUCCUCUUCUUUUCUUUAGAGCUUUCUUGUCUUUGUUCUCGUCAACUCGUACGUACG